GUUCCAUACGGAAAUAUAACGUGAUAAGUGAGGACUACAGCUCCCAGUAGGCCUUGAGCGCGGGGAAGGCCGGGAUGGCGGCGGGAGGCUCAAGGCCGGAGCCUUUCGUUGUGUCUUCAGUGGAGAAGGUUCAUCGGGUUAUGUCGUGGCUAAAAGAGAUAUUUGGAAGUCAGUCCCUGCCGCCGUUUGAAAAGAACAGUGAGACCUUUGAUCUCUUGUACACGCUUGCUGAGUACAGUGAGGAAAGAGAGAGAGAUGCUUCUGUUCUGAUAGAGGACAUGAAGGAAAGGGCAGCAAAAUAUGAUGCAGAAGCUGAAUAUCUGCAGAGCAUUCUCACAGAAACCUUCGAUCUUUCACCAUCCGUGCUGUCCGAAGAAGGCAGUGCUCACCUUAAAACUCUGGUAGACACUGCAAUGAUACUUGACACAAAGGACACUUCUCUUGCCAGCUUAUUCUCUGCCAUCAGUGACAGGAGUUUAGAACUGCUUGCAGCAGAAACAAAAAACAAAGAAUUGGAACUGAACUUGCUUGAAGUUAGGAACAAACUGACUGCUACACUGGCGCUGGAAAAUCAGCUACGGAUGGAUCUUAAAAAAGCAGAGAAAGAUCUUGAGGUAGAAGAAGCCAAAGCCCAUUUCCGACUUCAGAACCUGCAGUUCCUGAAACACAAGUCUGAAGAUAUCAGUAUUAGGAUUAAGUCUGCUGAGGAGAAGCUUAUUGCCAUCGGGUUGCAAGAAUCAUUGAUGCAUGAGCCAUUAAUGAAGCUGUCUCAGAAACUGGCUGAAGUGCAGGAAGAAACUGUGCAAGUGAAGAAGAAACUUGAGUGCUAUUUUAAUCUGCCUACUAGUCUUCCCCUUGCACGAGUGAAGAUUGAAGAAGCAAAACGAGAACUGAAUGCCCUGGAGGAAAAGGUCUCAAUGCGUAUUGAAGAGAUGACUGAUGAUUUCCUGGAACUGGAAAGACUCUAGUUCAUCUGAAGUGGCCUGAAUAGCAGAUUUCCUUCUUGUCUAUUUAUUUGCACUAAUAAAACAUUUUGGGCUUGGUA